UAGACCAUUCAUUGGUUAGUUCAUUUUAUCUUGUACACUACUUUGAUGUUGUUAGUUUCAAUAGGUUGCACAUAUAAAUGCAUUUGACAUGUUAUGUUUACUUCCUGUUUUAGGUAUUGAUGGAUGUUUUAUCAAGCUGACCACUGGUGCACAAAUCCUUGCUGCCACUGGUAGAGAUGGCAAUAACAACAUAUACCCACUGGCAUUUGGCAUUGUUGGACAAGAGGACAAAGCAAACUGGUGCUGGUUUCUACACCAACUGAAGAUUUGUCUUGGAGGAGAAGUUGGACAGUAUGGUCCAUAUACUAUAAUGUCAGACAGACAGAAGGGGCUAUUAUAUGCAGUGAAUAGAGUUUUUCCUAACAGUCAUCAAAGAUUCUGCUUAAGACACAUAUAUGCAAACUUCCAGAAUGCUGGCUUUAGGGGGGAGGACCUUAAGAAGUGCAUGGAUAAUGCCAGUUAUGCAUAUAAUGAACACAAAUUUAAUAAAGCAAUGGAUGAUCUCAAAGCUGAGAGUGUGGAAGCUUGGCAGUGGCUUAGUGCAAUACCCAAGAAAACAUGGGCUAGGCAUGCAUUUGACACAAAUAGCAAGACUGACUUGGUUGUCAACAAUUUGUCAGAGGUGUUUAACAAGUACAUCCUAGAUCAUAGGAAAAAACCAAUAAGAACUAUGUGUGAUGGCAUAAAGGAUAAGCAGAUGGUUAGGUGGCACAGGAAUAGAGAGAGUGGAAGGGAAGCUAGAUGGGAGAUCACACCACAUUACAGUGAGAAGUUGGAGAUUGAAAAGGAAAGGGCCAGGUACUGCAAACCCAUUCAAGCAGGUGUUAACUUGUGGCAAGUAACUAGUGGUGAGCAAACACAUGCUGUCAAUUUGGAAGUUGAAACCUGUGGUUGCAGAAAGUGGGACCUCAGUGGCAUCCCAUGUAACCAUGCCAUCUCAGCAAUCAACAAGGCAAAAAGGUUUCCAGAGGACUUUGUAAGCAAAUUUUUCAAGAAACCAUAUUAUUUGGCAGCAUAUGAACCAAUGAUAUAUCCUGUCCCUGGUGAGCAUGACUGGACAAAGACCCCAGGUCCAGACAUAGAACCACCAGCAUUUAAAGUGAAGAAAGGAAGAAGGAAAGAGAAGAGAAUAAAGGGAAAAUUUGAAGUUCCAAAGCCAAAGUCCACCUCAAGAAUGGGGACAAUAACUUGUAGCAAUUGUGGAUUACAAGGGCAUAAAUACACAAACUGCCUUAAACAGUUGAAACCUGAGUUGGCCUUAAGAAAGAACAAACAUGUGCCUGCUGGAAGGAAUUCACAAGCAAGAGGUGUUGCUCCUACAGCUCCUGCAACAACACCUAGAGCUGCUUCAGCAACAGCUAGAUCUCCUGCACCAACAACUAGGGCUCCUACACCAACACCAAGAGCUGCUCCACCUGCAACAACUAGGGCUCCUGCUCCAACACCAGGAGGAAGAACUGGAAGUGCUGCUGGUAGAGGUGGUGGAAGUGGUGCUGGUAGAGGUGCAGGAAGAAGGGCUGGUGGUGGAAGAGGAUCUGGAAGAGCAUCUUCUAGUGCUCAAUCUUCUGCUGGGAGAGGUGCAAAUUCUUCAAGGCCUUUCUCUGCCCCAAGGCAGUAUGGUGCCUCAACUUCUAGUGCUCCUCCACCAACUGAUGGCACACACACUGGAUGGAUGGCCUGGUUCAAUGCUAGUAGAGGUGGCAGAAGGUGA